AUGGCGAGGGAGGACGGCCCGCAGUUCGUGCGGUGGAGGGAGGAGUUCGUGUCGCAGGAGCGCGGCAGCCGCGUCGUGCACUACUACCUCGAAGACGCGGCCGGCGUGUCGCAUCUCGCCGUCGUCGGCACCGAGAGGAGCCUUCGCCACAUGCUCUACGUGGUCUCGGAGGACUUCAGCGCCGCCUGGGGGUGCGGCGGCGGCGCUGACGACGGCGCCGCGCCGCCGGUGUUUGCUCGCAAGUGGCGGUCACGCCGUGAGGUGGUGGAUUGGCUCGCGUCCUUCCUUCCGGUGAAGGCACUUGACUCAAAAUUCUCAAAAUACGGAUCUUUUGCGGAUAAUGACAGUGGGUUAGAUGGAUACGGGGAAACAAAUAGCUUUUUGCACCAAAAUCUGGGGAAAGACUGCAGCUCAGACAUUACAUGGUCUGGUUCGUUCUGGACAUGUGGCAAACAGCUUCGGCACUAUCGAGCUUUUUGUCGCAACGGAACCACAAUAUCCACCCACACUUUUGUGCUGGUCUUGUCAGAGGAAGAAAAUCGCUAUCUUGCAUACUUGGAAGACAUGUAUGAAGAUAAGAAGGGACAGAAGAAGAUCAAAGUGCGAUGGUUUCAUCAAAACCAGGAAUUCGCUUGUGCUAUACCUCCUCCUCCCCCUCAUCCUUGCGAAGUUUUCAUCACUCCUUUUACACAAGUAAUCAGUGUGGAAUGUGUUGAUGAUAUUGCAACUGUUUUAACUCCCGAUCAUUAUGAAAAGUGCUCCAAUGCAAUGCCAACUUCUUCUUUGGCCGGGAUCCGUUUCUGCUUUCGCCAGUAUAGUAAAAAUAAAUUCAAGCAUUUUGAUUUAAGAUCACUGCGUGGAUAUUUUAGUCAAGCUGUUGUUCUGUCCUUGAAAAUUCCAGCUGAGUCAGAAAAGGACGGUGAAUAUUGUACACCUGGGAAAACUAAGUUUCCGAAGCAGUUAGAGAGGCUUUAUUCAAAAUGUUUGGGCACUAAAAUUUGUCGAAGCCCACAGGCAGACUCCAUACCAUCUUAUCAGAUAUUAAGUAACGAGCAACCUCCUGGGAAGCAUCUCUCAAUCAAUUUUAUAGUGCCCCAGAAUAAACUAAUGCCAACAUAUAAUACUGGUGACAGAUUAGAGAUCUUGUCUCAAGACAGUGGCAUUAUUGGUUGCUGGUUCAGGUGCACUGUUUUGAAGUCAUGCACUAAUCAUAACAAAUUGAAGGUUCAGUAUGAUGAUCUCCAAAAUGCUGAUGAUAGUGGGAGAUUGGAGGAGAUGGUACCUGCCUCUGCAUUGGCUCUUCCUGAUAAACUGGGACUGAGAUGCCAAGACCGACUAAGAAUCAGGCCGCGUCCUCAAGAAAAUAGUUCUGUUGAUGGUGCUGCUCUUUUACCUGGAACUGCUGUUGAUGUCUGGCAAUUUAGUGGCUGGUGGGAAGGACUUGUUGUCAGUUUGGACAACAUUGUGGCAGAUAGCCUUCAAGUAUAUUUUCCAGGAGAGAACUUUUUUCGUCCAUGCCAGCUAAGGAAUGUUAGAAUCUCUAAAGAUUGGGUCAAGAACCGAUGGGUUGAUAUUGAAACAAAGUCAGAUGUGUUGUCACGGAUACCUUCAGAUAGUGUCCGAACAAAGCAAGCUGAUAAUGCACCACCUAUUGGUGUGAUAGACUCCAGCAGUUCUGCAAUGCCUGAGCAAGAGCUUGCAGCUACCCAAGCAAACUCCCAUGGAGAUAAACCAGUGCCUAAGCAAGAGCUUGCAGCCACCCAAGCAAACUCCAAUGGAGAGAAACCAGUGCCUGAGCAAGAGCUUCCAGCUACCCAAGCAAACUCCAAUGGAGAUAAACCUGUGCCUAAGCAAGAGCUUGCAGCUAGCCAAGCAAACUCCGAUGGAGAUAAACCUGUGUCUGAGCAAGAGUUUGCAGCUACCCAAGCAAACUCCAAUGGAGAUAAACCCGCGUCUGAGCAAGAGCUUGCAGCUACCCAAGCAAACUCCAAUGGAGAUAAACCAGUGCCUGAGCAAGAGCUUGCAGCUACCCAAGCAAACUCCAAUGGAGAUAAACCAGUGCCUGAGAAAGAGCUUGCAGCUACCCAAGCAAACUCCAGUGGAGAUAAACCAGUGCCUAAGCAAGAGCUUGCAGCUACCCAACCAAAUUCCAAUGGAGUUAAACCUGUACCUGAGCAAAAGCUUGCAGGUACCCAAGCAAGCUCCAAUGGAAAUAAUAAACAAACAGAAGGAAGUAGGCAAUCUGAAGUUAGUAUGACUGAUGAAGCCUCUGGUUUGGUGGAGGAUGACAAGCGAACAAUUCUAGGGAAGCAUCCCAGGGAUGAUAGUAUGACUGAUGAAGCCUCAGCUUUUGUGGAGGAUGACAAGCGAACAAUUCUAGGGAAGCGUCCCAGAGAUGACAAUGAUGCUGAACAGAAAUGCAACGGGGAAGUAGGUGUAGAUGUUAGCAAGACAUGUUUGGGAUCCCCAAACUCAUUAGACUCGUGUACAUAG